AUGACGAGCCACGGCGAUGGGGUCAAUCCCCUCCGGCCCUACUACAUACGGCCUUCUAUCGGCGAGCGCCCAGAGCCCGCCGCCCCCGGGCCCAAGGCCUUUUCGUCAACGUCGGCGCGCAACGCAACCGUCUCGACAUCGUCUCGCUACGCCAGCAGGGCGCGCGACAUGUUUGGCGAUCUAGACUACAAGGGCUACAUGGAUGACGACGCGCCGAGCAUGGCACGCACCGCCAAGGAGCUGCUCGACGACCUGGUCUGGAAAUACACCUCAGUGCUGAUGGGCCAGCCGUUUGAGGUUGCCAAAACGAUCCUGCAAGCUCGCAAUCAGGACGAGAAUGCACUGAUGUCCGAGUCGGUAGAGACGGAAGUGUCUGGCAUGUCGUUUACGAAUCAGGGGCUAGGAAUCCAAGAUCACGAUUCCGACUCGGAGGGUGACGAAUCUACAUUUUUCACAUACAAUGGCCCCGAUACGCCGGCAACCACGAGGAGGGGAGGUAGUCUGACGGAACGCCACGCCUCCCCGCUCACAUCCCCAAAGCCGGUCAAACGCCAGCAAUCCGUCAUGCCGGAGCACUACAUUCCGCUGCGCCGACCCGACUCUGUCACCGAGGUCAUUGGCCAUCUGUGGCGAAAAGAUGGCGCCUUUGGCGUCUGGAAAGCUUCCAACGCCACUUUUCUCUACACCGUACUGCACUCGCUGUUGGAAAAUUGGUCCCGCAGCUUUCUCAGCGCCGUCUUCAAUGUCCCUGAUCUGGGCCUUAGAGAAGAUAUUGAUCGCAUCAUUGACAUUGCGACGCCGUAUCCUUGGGCUUCGCUUUUUAUUGCCGCCACCGCCGCUGUAGUAACGGGGCUCGUCCUCGCGCCGCUCGAUCUCGUGCGGACGAGACUCAUCAUGACGCCAAGCAGCAAAGCUCCCCGCCGCACCCUGGCUACGCUGCGUGCCCUGCCCUCGUACUUUGUCGACUCGAUGCUCGCCAUCCCCACGAUCCUCAACUCGCUCGUUCACCCGCUCAUCACGCUUUCCACGCCUCUCAUUCUGCGCAGCAAGUUUUUGCUCGACAGCCAGGCCUCGCCCAUGACAUUUUCCGCGGCCAAGUUUCUCGCAUCGACAACUGCCAUUAUCGUCAAACUGCCGCUCGAGACGGUCCUCCGCCGUGGCCAGAUGGCCGUAUUGUCGAGCCCCGAAUACAUCCGCGCUCUCGCCGGCAAGGACCUCCGCAUGGAGACAAUUGUGCCCAUUGGCCCGUACCGCGGCGUCCUCGGCACCAUGUAUCACAUCACCUCGGCCGAGGGCUCCAGGACCAUGCAGCUAGAGCCGCCGGUCAAGAGCACCCGCAAGAACAGUAGAGACCGAUUCAAGGCGCCGCUUGUCAAGCAGGGUCAAGGUCUUGACGGCCUGUGGCGCGGCUGGAAGGUGAAUUGGUGGGGUCUCGUUGGUCUGUGGGCUGCCAACGUUGUUGGAAACGGAGGCGACGGCGAGUUUUGA